AUGAAUUAAUAAGAAGGAUAAAGAGGUAAUUAGUAGAUGAAUUAAUUAAAUAUUAAAUUGAACUUAUAAAGAAGUGUUAGUCCAAUUUGUAAAUUGAUAAUUUUGAACAACAUUGAUUCAAAUGAAAACGUAUCAAAAUCAAUGAGAGCUAAAGAUGACACAUCAAUAUUGGAUGUUUUACUGUAUUUAGAAUAAUAAUAUAAAAAUCAAUGCAAAAUCACAUUAUAUCAUAAUAACAAUCCAAUUACUGUAAGUAAAAAUACAUACUUAUUACCAUUCUUAUAAAAGCUUAAGGUUUAAUAAUUAAGUUAUAAAGUAAUUUAAAAUAACAUGUAUUCAAGUAAUAUUGAAGAUGAUAAUGAAAGCCCUGGAUUAGAUAAAAAGUUAAGAGAAAGAGAUUCAUCAACUUGGUUAAUAAAUAUGAAAAGCAAAUUUUAAUCAGAUUAUCAACAGGAAGAUAUAAAGGCAUUAAAUAAGACAUACUAUUAAUAAAGUGGUUCUAUUAAAAAUGAUCUAUAUAAGUAAUAAGCCUAUGGUAAAAUCUCUCAAAAUACUAGUUCAACAGAUAUGUAAAUAGAUAAGCUAGAAUAAUAGAAAAUUAAAAAAAGUCUUAAUUAUUAUAACCCUAGUUUAAAUUAAUCUGAAUUAACAAUAAAAUCAAUUCUAUGUAAAUGUUAGCAUAGUUACAAUAGUUAAGAGCUGAAAAUUAUUCUUUAAAAUGCCAUAUUUUAAAAUUAAAUAGCUACUUGUCAGGAAUGUAAUUAAAAAAUACCUAGAUCUAUGUACUCAUAGAUAAAAACACUGGAAAAAUAAUAUCAUACUAAUUUAUUAUUAUUAGAGCUUAAAAUUCUAAAAAAUUCAUUAAUUCACAAUUAUGAUAUUUAGAAAUGCUAAUAUUGCAAUUUUUUUUGUAUUUGGAAUAAAUAUAAAAUAAUUAAUAGAGGGUUUUGUCCAAAUUGCUUCUAAGAUAUAAUCAUUUACAAAAAAAAUUAAUGA